CCUCCUCAAUUCCUCCUUCCAGUGCCCGGCUUUAGUCCGCUCCCGCUCGCCGCCGACUGAGGUAUUCUCUUGAGACCGAGUCGCCUAGUUGUCGCCGCGGAGCUUUUGCUUGCUGCUGCCUCUGUCGCAACCACCACUGGGCUGCUUUGCCGCGACCCCGUCCCGCCGCCACUCCCCCAGCCCCACACAAGAUGUCAGAGGAUCUAGCAAAGCAACUGGCAAGCUACAAAGCUCAACUCCAGCAAGUUGAAGCUGCGCUGUCUGGAAAUGGAGAAAACGAAGAUUUGCUAAAAUUAAAGAAAGAUUUGCAAGAAGUUAUAGAACUAACCAAAGACCUUCUGUCAACUCAACCUUCUGAAACGUUGGCAAGUUCAGACAAUUUUGCUUCUACUCAGCCCACUCAUUCAUGGAAAGUAGGAGACAAGUGUAUGGCAAUCUGGAGUGAAGAUGGACAGUGUUAUGAAGCGGAGAUUGAGGAGAUAGAUGAAGAAAACGGCACUGCUGCAAUCACUUUUGCUGGCUAUGGCAAUGCUGAAGUGACUCCACUGUUGAACCUCAAGCCUGUAGAAGAAGGAAGGAAGGCAAAGGAGGACAGUGGCAACAAACCCAUGUCAAAAAAAGAAAUGAUUGCCCAGCAGCGUGAAUAUAAAAAGAAGAAAGCUUUGAAAAAAGCACAGAGAAUAAAAGAACUUGAACAAGAAAGAGAGGACCAGAAGGUGAAAUGGCAGCAGUUCAACAACAGAGCCUAUUCUAAAAACAAAAAAGGCCAGGUAAAGAGGAGUAUUUUUGCUUCACCUGAGAGUGUAACUGGCAAAGUUGGAGUAGGAACUUGUGGAAUUGCUGAUAAACCUAUGACACAGUAUCAAGAUACCUCUAAAUACAAUGUUAGGCAUUUGAUGCCUCAAUAAUCAGAAAAACUGUUGGAUUUCAUCUCUGCAGGGCUUUACAUUUACCUUUUUAUCCUUAUAUUUUUCUAAAGGUAAAUUAUUUGUUAGAUGAGUAAGGAAGAUACCGUUGUCGUCAUUGUUUGACUUCAGUAGAAUGAAACUUGAAGAAAUUGUAUUUGAUAACUGCUUUUCAUUUAAACUUUUUUCAUCACUACUACCAUUUUCCGCAAAGUUUGUUGGAUACAGCAACUUUUCUAGAUAGAUGCUGAGUAAAUACAGCACUUAGAUGAAUUAUUGAUCUUCUUAGUACCGGGCCCCCACUUAAUGGAUGGCAUAUACGUUUUGUAAGGUUCUAACUGGGAAUUUUCAUAUGCUUUGAACUUGCCACAUAUUUUAGCAAUUGACUGGAAUAUCAAGGCAAAAUGCCAACCUGCUAAAGAGAACUUCAUUUUUUUUUUAAGCUUCAGCUUAAACCUAGCUGUUGCCCAGUUAACCUAAAAGUAGGUUAAUUUGUAAGUGGCAGAGUUUUUUUUGAGGUUUUUCUCAACUUGUUUCCUAAGCCUAUUAGGCCAUCUCUAAAAUUGAUCCAGCUCUGUAUUCUUUUCAUUGAAUUUUAGUUUUAUGUAAGAAACCUUGUUUAGGACCAGCUACCUUUUCUAAUGUUUUUUUUGUUUUUUGUCCUUUUGCUUUCCUCCUGUGUUGAUUUUCACUUAUGGUAGUAGUACCAUUUUUUGGACGUGUAAUGUUUAUAUGAGAAAACAAAAAGCUGAUGUAUAGCCCUGUAUACAAUGUAGAUACUAUUUUUGUAAAAAACCAAGGCUAAAUUAAUGAACAAGAGUACCGAAUGUUUCAUCAUUAAAAAUUUACUGUAUUUCUUGUGCAUUAAUCUGACCAUAAUUUCCCUGUAUAUUAUGUUCACGUAGCUGAGUUUGUAAUUUUUGUUAACUAGAUCAAGUUGUCAACAUUUGUUGGUAAGUGAACAUCACAAUUAUCCUGAGUUGAGUUUAAGCCAAAUGUAUGCGUAGAAAAGGGUCUUCCUAUUAAUGGAAGAUGGUGAUUUUUAAGAUGUGUAUUAAUUUCAGUUUUUGUAUGUUUAACUUUUAUUAAAUAAAGUGUUUUUAAAAUCUCCAGGGUGUGUUAACAGAAAGGUGAAGUUAGCUGCCAGCAUUGAUAUAGUGAUUAAGCAUACAUCCUUUCCACAGGAAAGAAUAUUGAGUGUGUAAUAAAUGUUUCAAUAAAUCCUUAUGUGCUCCUUAUAUUGGACAUAAGAAAUUGGAAAGGAUGCACUAGUUUUAUUUUAAGGGUUGUGCUUGCAUAGGGUUGUUUGUAAAUUUUUGGUAGAAGGGGAAAAUAAUUUUUAUUUCAUUAAGAAAAAAUAUUUUUUUAUUUCAUGAAUUUUAAUUUUUUUGGUAAAUUGAAGCUUUUUAAAAAAGUUUUUGGCCACGCAGCAUGGCAUGUGGGAUCUUAGUUCCUGAAUCAGGGAUCAAACCCAUACCCCCUGCAGUGGAAGCUCAGAGUCUUAACCACUGGACUGCCAGGGAAGUCUGGUAAAUUGAAACUUUCAGAAGGACAGUGAUGAGAAAGAGAAUUCCUCAUGUCUCCAUCUCCCUCCCAACCCAGGAGAUCACUGUUUUUUGGUUUCUUUCCCUGUAGUUUAUGGCCAAAGGGUAGAGCACAUAGGACAGAAUGAAACGUGAAGUAGUUUUUCAAUACAAGGCACAAAUUACAGUAGAAGAGGAGCUACUUAGCCUGAAAAACUUCUAAAUAUACUAAUGUUCUUGUUACCAGUAUAACAAACUUUAAAUCAGUGGUAUCCUUAAAGGAUUGCAAGGGAACCCUAGUAAUUAAAAAGCACUGGAAAGAAAUUUGGUAUAACUCUGUGGCCAUACAAAGUGGUUUUUGGUGAGAUCAUCUUGGUGUGUUUGCUGGAGUAAUAGUUCACCUGGUGUUUGUGUAGGCAAGACUUGUGUUGAGACUAGUGCCUCCUUUGACUCUAUGGGCCUUCCUUUCUGCACAUUAAUUUUCCUGGAGGGCUUUGCAGAAUGAG